AUGCGAUUCACCGACGACAUGUCCGGGCUCUCCGAUUCUGAUUCCGACCUGCCCAUGAUGCAGCGUCGCCUGGCCGCCGCCCAGCCCCCGGCCCAGCCCGCUGUGCAGCAUGUCAACCAUCAACCAGUUCCUGCCCAAGCCCCCCAAGGCCCCCAAGGUGUCGGCGGUUUCCGUGUUUGCCCUCAUGGCAACAAUGUCCUUGCCUGCCCCUACCCUCACCACAAUAUGUCCGCCGCCACCAGCCCCUACCUGCAGCCUCAGCUGCCCCUGCCCCACCCCCAGUACCAGCAGGCGCGCCUCCCGAGCCCUUGGCAACCCCAGCAGUUCCAGCAACCCCAACAGUACCAGCAGCAACAGCAGCAGCAGGACUUCCACCAAGGAUAUCACCCCCAGCAGCAGCAGCAGCAGCAGCAGCACGACUACCAGCAGCAACAGCAACAGCAGCAGGAGGACUACGACCAAGGAUACCCCCAGCAGCAGCAGCCAGGCCCGCAGCACCUUCUCCCCCCCAACCUCCCCCCUCCCAACUUCCAGCACCCGCCCCAACCGAUGUCCCCCUUCCCAGUCGUGUCGGCGCCCGGAACCCACUUCCUCGACCUGAUCGCCGCCGCGCAGUCCGAGGGGGAGGCGCUGCACGCGGUCCUGGCCCGCGCCGAGCAGGAGCGCAACGACGCGUUCCUGCGCUGCUACCUGCAGGGCGCGCGCAUCGACGAGCUGACGCACCAGCAGCAGCAGAUGGCCCAGCAGAUCGGCGAGCAGCAGGCCGAGCUGGCGGUGCUGCGCUGCGCCGUUUGGGCGCAGGGGGUUGGUGAAGGUGGUGGACAGGCAGGACAGGAAGGUGGACAGGGAGGACAGGAAGGUGGACAGGGACAAGGUCAAGAGGGUCGCCGAGAUGGACAGGGAAAUGGUUACAAUGGGAUGGGAGGUGGAUGUGGACCCGGAGCUGGACCUUCUGCGCCGGUGUGA